UCUAUCGGAGCCAAAAUUUUAAAAGCGAGGAGGCUAGGCUAGGGUUCUUCGAUGACGAUAUUUCUUCUUUCUCUCUUCUUCUUGCUCGCUGCCUCCGCGGCAGCUGGAUCAUCGCCGCCGGAGCCGCCCACCGCGCAGGAGGAUGCGGCGGCGCUGGACCGAUUCAAGCGCUACCUCCAGAUCCCCUCGGUGCAUCCCAAUCCCGAUUACUCGGCCACCACCGAUUUCCUGCUCGCCAUCGCCGGGGAGCUGGGCCUGGCAUCCCGCGUCCUGGAAUUCGUCCCGGGCAAGCCCGUCCUCCUCUUCACCUGGCAGGGCAGCGAUCCCUCCCUCCCGUCUCUCCUCCUCAAUUCCCAUGUCGACGUCGUCCCGGCCGAGCCCUCCAAGUGGAGCUCUCCCCCCUUCGCCGCCGCGGAGGAUUCUCGCGGCAAUGUCCUGGCUCGCGGAUCCCAGGACAUGAAGUGCGUGGGAUUGCAGUACCUCGAGGCGAUCCGGCGGCUCAAGAGGGCGGGAUUCAAGCCGCCACGCUCAGUCCAUGUCUCCUUCCUCCCGGACGAGGAGAUUGGCGGCAACGAUGGCGCUGGGCAAUUCACAGGCUCGAAGGAGUUCCAGGAUCUUAACGUGGGGCUCGCGCUGGACGAGGGAUUGGCGUCCGAGGGGGACGAGUAUCGGGUGUUCUAUGCCGAGAGAUCGCCGUGGUGGCUGGCGGUGAAGGCCAUGGGGCGGCCCGGCCAUGGAUCCAAGCUCUUCGAUAACAGUGCCAUGGAGAACUUGGGGAAGAGCUUGGAGAUUGUGAGCAAGUUUCGAGCGGCGCAGUUUGAUCUUGUCAAGGCUGGGAUCGCGGCCGAGGGCGAGGUGGUGUCGGUGAAUCCAGUGUUUCUCAAGGCUGGAACUCCUACUCCCACGGGAUUUGUCAUGAACCUCCAACCAUCCGAGGCCGAGGCCGGAUUCGACGUAAGAAUGCCUCCUUUCGCAGACCCCGUUGCCAUGGAGAAGAGAAUCGCCGAGGAAUGGGCUCCCGCCUCGCGAAACAUGACUUACGAGUUCAAGCAGAAAACUCCAGUGAAGAGAAGAGAUGGUUCCUUGAACUACACUCCGGUCGAUGACUCCAAUCCUUGGUGGUCAGUCUUCAAGGAAGCCAUAUCCAAAUCCAACCAGAGACUCGCAAAGCCAGAGAUCUUCCCUGCCUCAACCGAUGCUCGCUACUUCCGUGACUUGGGAAUUCCGGCCUUUGGAUUCUCGCCAAUGGCGAACACUCCCAUUCUUCUCCACGAUCACAACGAGUUCUUAAGCUCUCGAGAAUACUUCAAGGGGAUUGAAGUGUAUCAGAUUCUCUUGAAUUCUCUUGCGAGCUUUGUUGGUUCAAAGGAUGACACAACGAGCCAUUCUGAGCUUUGAGAUUGGAAGAGUGAGUUUUGUUUUAAUCCGUCAGUUGUUUAUAUCUCGAGAAUGUGACCAGAUUAAAUAAACCUUUAUAUCGUUUCUCGAUUUGUACGAAAA